CAACGUUUGGGAAACAGGAUGGACGGAAUGCAACUGCCGAUAGUGUGAAAACAAUAUUGAUUUGGAAUGCAUACUCCCGUUUUGAGUUGGAAGUUUUUGGCGACGGAUCUGAUACUUUCGCUAGCCAUAACUGUCCAAUAAACAAUUGUUUCAUCACAAAGAAUCGAUCUUGGGCUGCCCUUCGUGAUUUUGAUGCCGUCAUCUUUAAUAUGCCACCGCUUUCACUUUACAAAUUUCCAGUGGAUGGUUAUAGACGACCCGACCAACGUUAUAUCUUCUUUUCCCAAGAACCACCGCCAUACAUCGGAGAAGAAGUUACCAAAUUCAACCAUAUCUUUAAUUGGACAAUGUCAUAUGCAGCUCACUCGGACAUUCGCUACCAUUACGGAGAAGUUAUACCUUUACCAUCUGCCCCGACAACUCAUUCCAGUCGCACGGCAUAUAUUAAAUCUACUCGACACGGCGAGAAUUUCGCAGAAGGCAAGACGAAAAUGGUAGCCUGGUUUGUUUCUCAUUGCUACACUCAGAGUCGACGUGAAAAAUACGUAAGCAUUCUGCGUCAAUACAUCCCGGUCGACAUCUAUGGCGGUUGCUAUUCACAUCACUGUCCCAUGAAUGAAAGUGCCUUCUUGUCAACUGACCCUUGCUACGAUAUGCUCGAUAGUAACUACAAGUUUUAUCUUGCAUUCGAGAAUUCUUUCUGCGUCGAUUAUGUUACGGAAAAAUUUUUUGAUAUUCUCCAAAGAAGAAUUAUUCCUGUUGUGAUGGGUGGCGCAAAUUACUCUGCAAUAGCACCUCCGCAUUCGUAUAUCGACGCACUAUUGUAUAGUCCACGACAAUUGGCAGACUAUCUCAAAUUAUUGGCUUCGAAUGAUAAACUUUACAACGAAUAUUUUUGGUGGAAACCUCAUUUCAAGGUUGUAAGAAGAUACCCACGGUUAGCCUCCAACGCGCUGUGUUCUUUAUGCGAAAAGUUACAUCUUAACAAAACGCAGUCGGUCUAUCACGAUUUAGCAACGGGAUGGAGUCACAAAACACAAUGUAAAAGUCCGCGUUUUAAAGGUGUUCGAAUUUUCUUUGGCAUUUUUUGAAAUAACCUUGUGUUACACACUAUGCCAUGGAA